UUAUUUGAUAUCUAUAAUAUGUAGUAAAUAAGUUCAUAACAAAGAGGGUGAACGCUUUGCUUAUGAGUGUCUGCUAUUGUGCCUCGUCAAUCUUCCCGCUAUUUUGUAUUGAACGACUUGCUAGCUUUCAUAGCUAACAAAGUUACAACUCAUAUGCUAGCUAAUUGACUAGCGAGCUGUCUUCAUAGUUUAGCGCAAAGCCCCAACUAGCUAGUUAGCUUGAUCACAAUUAUUGUCAAGUAACUUAGGUAGGUAGUUACUGAACAUCAAGCUUAACAGAUGACUGAUUAAUUGGUUAAAAAGGAAUCUGCUAAGAAUACCCAACUAACAAGUUAGUAAUCCAAACAUUUCUAAAUAGUAAAAAUGUGCAAUCUAACCAUUAGGCUAACAUCUUGGUUCUGCGUGGGUUGGUAAACCAUGCAGCAGCAGUAUGCAUCGUCUCACGUCACUAGUUCACCCGCGGACUUAACAAACAUUUUCUCAAAGUUCAAGUUUCACAAAAGGAUCCACUAUUUUGCUCAUUAUUUUCCACUCCUUGUUAUGCUUAGUAGCUAGCACAUCCCAAUAAUGCACUUAGUCAGUCAGGAUGCUACUGCUGGCUAGCCGCUGGCUAAUGAAUGCUAGCCUUUCUGUGAACGCAAACACGAGCUAAAAUGACUGGUUACAUGUAUUCUCAGUCUGGUAGAUGCAAACGCCGAAGUGUUGUCUCCCUGUGUCCGGUUCUUCGAGGCUUUGGUAACUCUUGGGAGGGAGCUCAACCAUGUCUAAAAGUGAGACAGAGGAGAUGAUAGAGAUUGAGAUCGAUGGACAGGAGAAACAGGGAUGUCUGGAGGAAGGGGUGGAAGAAACAACCAUCACAUCGGCCGACUUGAUCCAGCAGGACAUUGACAUCAACGAGCCAAUUGGCAACCUGAAAAAGCUUCUCGAACCCCGUAUCCAGGUGUCUCUGGACGGCUAUGACAUCUGUCUGCAGGACAUGCAGCUACAUCCUGAUCAGAGCCUGUUUGACCAGGGAGUAAAGACAGAUGGCACAGUGCAGCUCAGCCUACAUAUCGUCACAAAGCCAGGCGAGGAGAAGCUCAACAUCCUGGAGAUCGUGAAGCCGGUGGAGACGGUGGAGGUGGUUAUCGACCCUGACGCCGCUGGGGAGGAGGGGACUCUGGUGGAGGAGGGUCAGCUGAUCGCCAUGGAGCGCUCCACCCUGGCGGAUGACACCUCGGAGCAGGUGACCCGCUGGGCGGCCGCCCUGGAAGGCUACCGCAAGGAGCAGGUCCGUCUGGGCAUCCCCUAUGACCCAGUGCAGUGGACAGCAGACCAGGUUAUCCACUGGGCCGUGUGGGUGAUGAAGGAGUUCAACAUUGAUGAGAUGGAGGUAGGAGGGAUUCACAUCCAAGGUCGUGACCUCUGCUCCUUCAACCAGGAAGAGUUCUUGCAGAGGGUCCCCAGUGGAGAGAUCCUAUGGAGCCACUUGGAACUGCUGCGCAAAUAUGUAUUGGCCAGUCAAGACCAAUCUGGCGAGGCCACGGUCACCAUUGACCAACCGGUCCAGAUCAUCCCAGCCCCGGUGGCCACGCCCACCACCAUCAAGGUCAUGAAGCAGAGCCGUGGUGCCAGGACCCCGCGCAUCUCAGGGGGGGAGGAACGCAGCUCACCUGGCAACCGCACGGGUAACAACGGUCAGAUCCAGCUCUGGCAGUUCCUGCUGGAGCUGCUGACGGAUAAGGACGCCCGGGAUUGCAUCUCCUGGGUGGGCGAAGAGGGCGAAUUCAAGCUGAACCAGCCUGAACUGGUGGCCCAGAAGUGGGGCCAGCGCAAGAACAAGCCCACCAUGAACUACGAGAAGCUCAGUCGAGCACUCAGGUAUUACUAUGAUGGGGACAUGAUCAGCAAGGUGCAGGGCAAGCGCUUUGUCUACAAGUUUGUGUGCGACCUGAGGACUCUCAUAGGCUACAGCGCCGCCGACCUCAACACCCUGGUCACAGAGUGCGAGCAGAAGAAGCUGGCACGCAUGCAAAUGCACGGGAUUGGUCAGCCCAUCACCACAGUAACGCUGGCCACAACCACAUUGGAUAAGGACAGCUGAGGGUCGGGGGUCUUUUUUGGAUCUCUCCGAAAUCAACGUUUGAUGCCAGUGAAGAUCUGUGGAAACCUAAUGGGUGGAAAGGGUGUGAUUGUAGCUGCAAUUUAGCUAUUUGAAACUGUCACCCCUGGUUUGACCUUUCCAACCUGCUCAGAUCUCCAAAGGGGCAUGGGGUUGAUUUGGGAUGGGACCUGAGAGAAGUUGUCCCCAAGACUGAUUUAAGAUCAGUUUUCUGUACCCCAAUCAUAGCCUUUGCCGUGAGGGGUGAACAUUAAACAGACCCUCCGGACCUGCUUCCCAGACACAGAUUAAGCCUGUUCUAGAACUGAAGUUCUUCCAGUGGAGAGUUGUUCUAGUCUAGGACCAGGCCUAACCUGGGGAACCUGCCCUAAAUAAUCAGUGUCUAUGGCCAACUUUGGGGGCAGGGACGCUGUUUGUUUUUUUAUUUUCAUUUUAUUCUAACCAGGGAGAGAUGCUUUCUUUGAGUGCGUAUGGUCGUGUGAAAUGAUUGAGACCCCGAAGUCUCUUGUGUGUGCAUAUGUCUGUUUAAGAGACAAAAUUGUGAACGUAUAUGCGCUUCGCAUCAUUGGUUCCUUCUUGUAGUUAAGUGGGGUUACCAUUGUAUAUACCGCUUAUCCAUGUUUUUGAUAGCCUCAAAGGGCAGUGUAUUUUCAUAUUUUCCAUUUCUAAAGGAUCUGUUUUGUAUUUUAUUUAGUGUCUCUCGAGCUGGGCCUUUUCUGUCCAGCAGGGGGAGUAAUAAAGUGGCAAAUGUUCCUA